CACACAAACACACGCUCUCAUAUCUCUCAUGCACACAUGGGUUGAUCAUUCACCCGGGCCUUCAGCCAAAGCAGCUGCGUAACAAGACGUUUCUGAGACGCGCAGAAAAUGAUGCACUUUAACAACACUUUACCAGCAAAACUUCAUCAACUAUAUAUUUAACCCUGACUCCAAACUGACAGUGUUUUGCAGGAAAAUUUCAAAGCUGUAUUUACCGUGUAAACUUGUUCGUGCUGAGUUACCAAACGUCCUUCAUGGGUCUGUUGUGUCACAAAAACCAGAAGAUCCAGUUUCUGAGCGGCACAUCUACAGACAGACCAGCAUAAGAGCUCAGUGCUGGCGGACACUUCGAAUCUUCACAUCUGACUUACAUUCAGGACACGAGCUGCUGUGAAAAACAAGGCAAAUACACAAUGGCUCAUUUCAAUCCAUCAUUACCGUCUCCAUCAGACGAGGUCAAUCUGGGUGUGUCUGUCAAUCCUCAUGCCAAACCCACUGACUUUGACUUUCUGGCUGUGAUUGGUAAAGGAACAUUUGGGAAGGUGCUUUUAGCAAAACUGAAAGCGGACGGAAAAUUCUACGCGGUGAAAGUUUUGCAAAAGAAGGUUAUAUUGAAGAAAAAAGAGCAAAAGAAUAUAAUGGCAGAGAGGAACGUGCUACUCAAGAGUCUGAAACACCCCUUUCUGGUCGGCCUGCACUACUCCUUUCAGACCCCUGAGAAGCUGUAUUUUGUCCUGGAUUACGUCAACGGUGGAGAGUUAUUUUAUCACCUGCAGAGGGAGCGGUGUUUCUCAGAGGUUCGAGCUCGCUUCUACGCGGCUGAGGUGGCCAGUGCCAUCGGCUACCUUCACUCUCUCAAUAUAGUUUACAGAGAUCUCAAGCCAGAAAACAUCCUGUUAGACCACCAGGGGCAUGUGGUGUUAACAGAUUUUGGCUUGUGUAAAGAAGGCAUAGAACCAGAAGGAACCACCACAACCUUCUGCGGCACUCCAGAGUAUCUGGCACCUGAGAUCCUACGAAAGGAGCCGUAUGACCGCACUGUGGACUGGUGGUGUCUUGGAGCUGUGCUCUAUGAGAUGCUUUACAGCUUACCGCCGUUCUACAGCCGCGACGUGUCUGAGAUGUACGACGCCAUCUUGCAUAAACCACUGCACCUGCCGCCUGGAAAGUCGGAGGCCUCGUGUCUCCUGCUCUACGGGCUCCUGCAGAAAGAUCAGCAUCGCCGAUUAGGAGCCAUUGCUGAUUUUUUGGAGAUUAAAAAUCAUGCGUUCUUUGCCCCCAUAAACUGGGACGACCUCUACCACAAGAGAAUCACUCCUCCAUAUAACCCAAAUGUGAGAGGCCCUGCAGACCUUCAGCACAUUGACCCAGAGUUCACCAGAGAGAUGGUGCCCAACUCUGUGGGCCGCACUCCAGAUCUCACCCCCAGCCUCGCCACCAGCAGCUCCAACGCCUUCAACGGCUUCUCAUACAUCUCUGGAGAAGACGGAUUCCUCUGAGGCCUGCUGACCGACGAAGGCUUCUCUCACCUUCAGGUCACUGAUCACAAGGUGUUUCAGGGCACUGGAAAAACACUGGACUGUAAUGAGGGUAAAAAACUGUGAAACAGGAAACGCAACUGUGAGAUGACGAGUUUGUGCUUAUUUUGCAUUCAUAAAAACGUAAGAUAUUUCAACAGUUUGCACAUAUUUUCGUUGUGUAAGACUUUGCAGGAGACGGAGUUGUUGAUUGCACCACUGGAGAAGCAGCUAUUGUUGCAAAAUCUGUAAAAGUCUAGAUUUCUGAUUUUGCUGGUCUCUUGGGGAUCGGGGAUCUGCGUGCCUUGCUCUUGGCAACAUCCUCAUCUAAUGUUCUAUAUCUAAUUACUGAAAAGCAUGAAAAAAUGACACCUUUGCUUUGUAACAUUUUGUAACGUCCUGUAAUGCAAUGCUCUUCUGUCAUUAAAAAGAUGUCACAAUCAAAUCUAUACUAUGUAUGAUCCAUAAAUGUGAAGAUCAUUUGACUGUGCUUUAUGAAAUCAUGUAUUAAUGUUAAAAAAGUCUUCAGAAAUGUGUACUGCCACUCAUAUAUAUACAGUAUGUUUUUUUCUCUCUGAUUGUGGCCAUACAGCUCAUAAUGUUACGUUUUUGUUUAAGGUUUAGUAAAAUCUUUGCUAAAGUUUCCAUUAA